GACCGGUGGGGGAAAAAAAAGAAGGGAGGAGGUUUGACAGGAUGCUGAACGCCGACCGCCUCUCCCCGUCGGGGCUCGAGUAUCUGGCUCAACAACAUGUCCUCACAUAUAUGGAAGAUGCAGUGAGCCAGCUGUUGGAAAGCAGAGAAGAUAUUAGUCAAUAUGGUAUUGCCAGAUUCUUCACUGAAUACUUUAACAGCGUACGCCAAGGAACUCAUAUUUUGUUCCGAGAAUUCAACUUUGUCCAAGCUACACCCCAUAAUAGAGCAUCCUUUCUAAGGACCUUCUGGCGAUGCUUCAGAACUGUGGGGAAAAAUGGAGUUCUUCCUGAAGAGCACUUGUCAAUUUUAACUGAGAACAAAGGAACGGAUAAGAAAGGUGUCAAUCUUUGUCAAAGGUUUUACCCAUUGCGGCUGUCACCACCUCAUCUUACCCAGCCUACCACCUAUUCAUAA